UGUGCCUCGGUUCGAAAAACAUGGACACUGAAGUACAUAACCCUAGUUUUCAUAAAAUACUUUUUUGAGGUUAGUGCAUUUAAGAAGACCUCAAAAUGCCGUUUAUGAUAGGGCCGGCUCCUAUAAGGAGAACGUUAAAAUUUUUGGAAGCCGGGCGUUUAAUUUUGAAAGAUCAAAUCAAAAUUAUGGCCGUACAUUAUCAUCUUAACGGUGAAAAUAAUAAAGGGACAAAAGAAUUUGUAUUUUGGUGUUUGCCACAAAUACAGUACAAGAACCCCAACGUACAAAUUGCGACUUUUAAAAACCUAACACCCUCACCUUUCAUUAGAUGUUUUUAUGAUACCGGAGAUGAAAUGCUAAUAGAUGUUGAUAAUAAGAGCAAGGAAGAAAUUUAUGAACACCUUAUAAGAGUGGUGGGGAAAACAAAGGACAUACUCGAGGCUGAAUCGAUUUCCAAAGAAAAGAAGGAUAAUCCUGCAAAUUUCGGUGUAGGUUGUGACAGACAAUGUAUUUGCGAACUCCCAGGACAAGUCCCUUGUCCCAGUAUUGUACCCUUGCCUAAUCACAUGAGAGGCAAAUUUAUUUAUAAAAAAGAUAAUUAAUUAUAAUUUGUAAAUGUUUGUACACUUUUUAGACAAUUAAAAGUUAGAAACAAAAUUGUUUGUAUAGGUUGUAUUAUUCAACGGGACAAGUUACGGGUUAAAAAAAACACUGCAUUGUAAUAUAAUACAGAAUAUUUUAACUUUACUGGUUGGAAUUAUAUUAAUAAUAAAAAUGAUAGAAAUGUUAACUUCAUAAUAAAAAA